AUGGCUCCAACAUUGACUUCUCUGGCUCAAGAGAUCUCCGCCAGCAUAUCGAACGCGCGAGAGCUGCCCAUUGGCACCUUUGCUUGUGGGGGUGAGAUUCCAAUCUACGCCUCCCCCGAGCAAGUCAAGGAGGCGCACGACAAGGCUUCGGCAGGAAGCCCAGACGGGACCGCGUCUGGCCCCGUCGUCCUUCGCUGGGAUGCACCCAGAGACUCUGUUGACUCGGAACCCGCCAAGGUUGUUUUCCCAGUGUCAUCGGAAGAGGACUCCAAGGGCUUCGAAAAGCUUCUACGAGACUCUUCUCCGGCCACAUUCGGUCUAGAGGGGCAGCAUGUCCUGGACGAGACAUACCGCAAGGCUCAGAAGCUGUACGCCUCAGCCUUCUCGACGAGCUUUAACCCAUACGAGCCGGGCAUCAUUGACACCUGGACCAUCCGCGCCGAGCUGUACAGCCUGAAUAUCUACUCUGGGCCAUCGGGGAAGUUCAAGGCUCACGUCGACACUCCUCGUUCCACAUACCAGAUCGGCUCUUUGGUUGCCUGUCUGCCUAUGAGCCACAAAGAUGGCGAGCUUGCCGUUCGACACGAUGGAAAGACCUAUACGUUUGACUGGUCGGACAAGACUGCCAACGAGGCGCAGCCAUCGAUCAAGUGGGCAGCUUUCUACAGCGAUUGUGAGCACGAAGUCUUCGAGGUUACAAAGGGACACCGCGUUACUCUCACAUAUAACUUGUACGCCACGCGCGGUAACUGUUUCCUCCCGAGUCAAUCGGCAUUAGACCCAACUUCCCUGCCCCUCUAUCGCCAGGUCAAGAAUCUUAUCUCGUCAGAGCGGUUCCAAAGCAAAGGUAGGUUAAUUGGCCCCACAAUGUGCACAAUGUGCUUCUUUCUGCUCUCAUGUACAUGUUCUGACAUCGCCCAGAUCGUGUCCUUGGCUAUUACAGCACACAUGCCUGAUCCCCACACGGAGAAGAAAACGGGUUUGCCGUUCUGCCUCAAGGGUAUCGACAUGGCCAUGUACGAAGCUUUCAGAGCCACGGGAUUGACUGUAAGGCUCUGCGCUGUUGUUGACAAUCCAUACAGCGGCUGGUACGGAAGGCGAGCCUGGGAUAGAGACUUGCAAGAGUUCUCGGACAGUGAGUCGACUGAGAAGCAAGGUGGCGUGACGGCCGUAAAGCCGAAACUCGACCGCCGUAAUUACAGGUAUAUGUACGAUUCAGAUGAGGUCAACGAUGAUGUGGGCGAUGACGCCAAGGAUGUACCGUCUCAGUUGAUCAGACCCAUUUGUCCUCUGAUCAGCGCCGGCAUGUGCGAAGGACCGGACGACUUGGAGCAGACGUUCGAGAACUUCGGCGACCGUAUCGACUAUAAGAAGGUGUUUUGGCUGAACAAGAAGAACAAGGGAAAUAAAAAACUUCAGUUUAAUUGCAUUGCAUACGGGAACGAACCGGAGACUCGCGAGAAGUAUUCUCAAUUUGCCCUUAUAGUUGAAGCGCCUGCGAAGGAGCUGGUAACAGACUAGAGCGCCAAUCUAGAACGUCUGGUUUUGUUCUGGGCACACGAAGAAGAUGCUUGAGAACGCAUGUUACUACAAAAGCAUGUGGCUGUGGCUGGAGUAUCGUUGGGAAGAAAGGAUUUUCUGGACAGGAUAGAAAAUGCAUCGCCUAGCUUUUUCUUGCGUUGUUUAUGCCAAAAUACUUUCGAGUUAUCAGUGCCGCAAAGAAUGCCACUCUCAGAUCGAAUCAUACUGGCGUAUUUCUGUUUCAAUAGUGUUCAAGAUGACCAGAUAAAGAUCCAGAUUCCAUUGUAAAUCAUCAAAUGUACUCGCAGAACU